AUGUCAACAACAGAUACAACUUCAAAACCGUUGAAUGAGUCAACAAAUAGUAACUCAUCAAUUCCAACUAUAACAACAACAAACUCAAAUAACAACACAACAGUAACUUUAACUGAAUCAGAAACAACAUCAUCGGUUCCACAAGCUAAUAAAUUUAAAUCUUUACUUGAAUCAGAUCAAAUUAGUCAAAUUUUAAAUUCAGAUUCAGCAUUAGAAUUACUUUUAACGAGAUUGAAACAGUCAUUAACUACAAGUGAAGAAUUUAAUAAAUUUAUCAAAAAGAAGGCUCAAAUCGAAGAUGAACAUUACUGUCAACUUAAAAAAUUUGCAAAUAAUCAAAGAUCACAAUUAAAGUCCAAUAUAAGGAAUCUUAAGAAUGAUUCAUUACAAUUCCAAUUAGAUUCAAUUAUAAGCUUUGAUGAAAAUUUGUUCAAUGUUGGGAAUAGUUAUGUUACUGCUUUGAAUCAAAUGUAUGAUGAGUUAAACAGUCUAAUUUCCACAAUUUCAAAACAACGAAAAUUGAUUAAAGACGAACAUAGAAAGAAAGAGAAAGAAUGUUCAGAUAGUAUUAGCUCAGCAGAAAAAGCAAAAAUUCGAUAUAAUCAUUUAUGUGAAGAUCUUGAGAGAAUUAAAACUUCCGAUCCAAAUAAAAAACUGUUUAGUUUGAAAAAUAAAUCAUUGGAACAACAAGAGGAUGAAUUGGUCAAGAAGGUAGAUAUAGCAGAUCAAGAAUAUAAAUCAAAAGUAAACAUUUGCAAGAAAUUAAAAGAUGAAUUAUUAAUACUCCAUCGUCCUAACAACACCAAAAAGUUAAAAAACUUGAUUUUAGAAAUGGACAUCGCAUUGAAUGUUCAACUUCAGAAAUAUGCAACUUAUAACGAGACAUUGAUUUUAAAUUCAGGUAUUUUAAUUAGUCCAUUAUCUAAUACUAAACCAAGUAUGAAAUUUAUGGCUAAUUCAAUAAAUAAUGAGAAGGAUCUAUAUGAAUACAUUAUAAAGCAUAAAUCAAAUGAAAAGAAUAAAAGUUUAGUGACUAUAGAUUAUAAUGUUCAUCCAUCAUUAAUCAAAGCUAAAGAUAUUGGAAAACCAUUUUUUAUAAACAAACCAGCAAACAACGUCAAGGCAGCAAUGAAUAAAGAUCCAGCUAGUGCAAAAACAGAACUACCACCACCACCACCAAUAACAACAACAACCGCCAUCGAAACUACAGAAAAAUCAAAAUCACCACCUGUUUCAUAUUCAUCAUUGGAUCCAGGCACUUCAACACCUUCAACACCACAAUUAAAUGGUCCAAAAUCAUUAAAAGUUGCACAACCAACAUUUGGAAUCUCAAUUGAAAAAGUCAUACAAUUUGCAGGUAUUGAAAAUGUUCCAUUAGUAGUGAGAAGAUGCAUUGAAAUAAUAGAAACUUAUGGAAUUAACCUCGUUGGAAUAUAUCGAACAUCAUCCAACGUCAACCAAGUAAGUAAAUUACGAGAUUCAAUCGAUGAGAAUUUCACAAACUACCUCAACAUCGGUAAAGACAUAGAUAGUUCAAACGUGUACGAUUCGGAAAUAUUCUGUAUAGCAAGUUUGCUCAAGUUAUAUUUUAGUAGUCUUCCAGAACCACUCGUGACUAAAGAUGCAUCUUUGAGUUUUAUAGACACGGUGAAAUCAAAUGAUGAACAUUUCAUAGCUAAAAAAUUACACCAUUUGGUAUUUAGUUUGCCCGAUGGUGCUUAUUUUACAUUAAGAGCAAUCAUAUUCCAUUUGAACAAAGUUGCAGCCAAUGAGAGUCGAAACAGAAUGAAUCAAAAAUCUUUGGCUAUUAUUUGGGGUCCUGUUUUGUUUAAUGAUAAUUCAAGUAGUGCUCAAGAUUUAAGUUAUAAGACGAAGGUGGUUGAGGAGUUGAUGAGUAUUGCUAAUGAUAUUUUUGAAACUGAUGAUGAGUAA